UUUCUGUUUUUGGUCCCAGGCAUGGAUCCAAAUGGCACAGAUGGGGCCAAUUCUGCAGACGGACUUAGCAGUAGUCCUGCAGGCAUGAUCCUUCUCUCGCUUACUCUGUCUGCACUGGCUCUACUUACCACAGCAAUCAACUCUUUAGUCAUCACUGCCAUCAUUGUCACUCGCAAACUUCACCACCCUGCCAACUACCUUAUUUGCUCUCUGGCUGUGACGGACCUGCUGGUGGCCAUUUUAGUCAUGCCCUUUAGCAUCAUUUACAUCAUGAAGGAGACAUGGGUCAUGGGUGAUGUGAUGUGCACCAUCUGGCUCAGUGUUGACAUAACCUGCUGCACAUGCUCAAUUUUGCACCUGGCAGCUAUUGCUGUGGAUCGUUAUCAGGCUAUCACGGAUGCUGUUGAAUAUUCCAGAAAGAGGACGUCUCUAAGGGCUGCUAUUACAAUCAGUGUUGUGUGGCUCCUGUCCAUUCUCAUUUCCCUACCUCCAAUGCUCUGGGGACACCACAACAAAGGAGAAAAUCAAACCGAAUGCUUAAUAAGGCAUGAAAACAUUGCUUUUACACUUUAUUCCACAUUUGGGGCCUUCUACAUUCCCCUUAUACUCAUUCUUAUCCUUUACUAUAAAAUAUACCAAGCAGCUAAAAUUCUUUACCACAAAAGGAGGCCCAGUCCCAUGAACAAGCUUGACAUAAAUGGACACAAAAUCCCUAUGUGCUUUGACAGAGAACAGCAGAGCCAAGAUGCACUCACACUACCAGAGAAAUCAAUGUCAGAACCCUCUACAGAAGGUGACAGGAGACGCAUCUCAGUAGCAAGCCCAAAUUUUCAGUCUCAUAUUGAGAGGUCCAUCAAAAGACAGCGGAUUUCAGGGGCACGAGAAAGAAAGGCUGCUAUGACUCUGGGACUAAUUCUUGGGGCAUUUGUAAUCUGUUGGCUACCCUUCUUUAUUCAGGAAGUGAUAAGUAACAUCUGUGGCAGCUGCAUUCUCUCAAAUAAAUUAAUUACAUUUCUGACCUGGCUAGGAUACCUUAACUCACUAAUUAAUCCACUCAUUUAUACCAUCUUCAAUGAGGACUUCAAGAACGCCUUUUAUAAACUGAUCAUGUGCCAGCAUGAACUUUGA